CUAGUGCUGCUCAAGAAACAACUCUGAGAGUGUCCUAAUCACUAGUGUCUUUCUUUACACCCCAAGCUUCAGUUUUGCAUUUACUACCUUAUCUGCCUACCUACUUGAACCAAGCAGGCCACUUCUUGUGUUGUUGAAGGUCUCAGGAUCUGUAUAUCGCAGCAGAAAUAUCCAAGGAGGCUCACAAACAACUUGAAAGAUGGUGAAGGAAUAUAAGAGAAUUGUUCUGCUGAAAGGACUUGAAUGUAUCAAUAAGCAUCAGUUUAGCUUAUUUAAGUCAUUGUUCGACAGAGAUUUAAGUCUGGAAAGAGACAAACAAGAGCAAUACACCACGAUUCAGAUUGCUAACAUGAUGGAAGAGAAAUUCAAAGCUGAUGCUGGAUUGGGUGAACUGAUCAAGUUUUGUGAAGAAGUACCAGCUCUUAGAAAACGUGCUGAAAUUCUUAAAAAAGAGAGAUCAGAAGUAAUAGGAGAAACAUCACUGGAAAAAAAUGGACAAGAAGCAGGUCCUGCAACACCUACAUCAACUACAAACCACAUGUUAGCAUCGGAAGGAGGGGAGACUUCCACAGCUCAGGCACAGACUUCUACAGCUCAGACAAAGAGAAAACAAAUCACAAGAAGUGAAGGUGGAAAGAAAAAGAAGCUCAGCCAGGAGCAGGCUCAGCUUCCAGAACCUUUAGGAACCGAUAUAAAAAAAGAUGAAGAUUGUCUCAAGACUCCUCUUAUGCCACCACCAACACCACCCAGCAGUUCCUCAAACAAGAAACAGAAAAACACAACCAUCCCAAAACAUGAUAUCAUAAAGACAGGAGGUCCUCAGGAAAUUCAUCAACUUGUAGAAUUGUCAUCAUCCAGCAACUUCCCAGCUCUAAGUGAACUCCCGACCUUUGAAGGACUUUCAGCAAUUCCUUCGAGCAGACUUCAAUCUUCUCAGAAGCCUCUAGAAGCUCCCUUGGAUUUAAAGAUGUCUCCAAGCUCUUCAAGAUCACCUUGCCACAAUCUCCCAGUGUCUCUAUCCUCAGACUCAAAUGUUCAUCUGAACUCUAAUGCACAUUCCAUCCAGUCCAGUGGUGCCCAGGUUCCUCAUGUACCAUCAGCAACAGGAUUCAGUAAUGUCGGGAUCCCUCUUAUGCCUUCAGAAACAGUGUCCUGCUCUAUGCCUUCAGAAACAGUGUCCUGCUCUUCCAUAGCUCCUCACAUGUCUUCAAUAAAGGUACCCAGCAGUAUCCACGACCUUCACCUUCCUGCACAAGAAGCAUUCAGUAGCAGAGAGGAUCCUCACAAUCAAGCAAUAGCAUCCAAAAAUCUCCAAACUACUAAAAUGCCUCCAACAACACUGACAAGCAAAGCCCAGCUCCUAAAGAUGCCUUCUCCAGCAAUAGCAUCCAGCAGUGUUCAGGUUUCUCAUACUCCAGCAACUUUGUCCAGAAGCAUCUCUGUCAGACAGAUACCUCAAACAACAACAUCCAGUAGCAUUCAGAUUCUUAACUCUGCUACAAUAAAAGCAUCCAAGAAUGUCCAGGCCUCUCAAGUAUCUUUACCAACAGAACCCAAUUAUUUCCAGGCUUCUGUGGCACCUCCAUCAGCAACACCCAGCAGUUCUACAUCUCUUCUGGUACCUUUGUCAAAAGCCACAAGCAGAGCCCAGAGUACUCAAAUUCAUCCAGAAACAGAAUCCAUUUGUGUCCAGGCUCAUCAUGCUCCUCCAUCAACAGUGUCCAGAAAUAAGUGCACCACUCAGUUGACACAAGGGGCAGCAUCUGGUACUGGGAAGGCCUUUUCCCUUCCUGAAGUAAAAGUAUCCAUGAAAGUCCAAGCACCUCAAGUGUCUUCCCCAACAGCAUCCAUAAGUAUCCUGAAUCUAAAUGCAACCCCACCAACAACAUCCAGCAAUCUCCUGGCUCCACAUGCAACUUCAUCAACAGCAUCCAGUAGUCUCCUGGCUCCACAUGCAACUCUAUCAACAACAUCCAGCAAUCUCCUGGCUCCACAUGCAACUUCAUCAACAGCAUCUAGUAGUCUCCUGGCUCCACAUGCAACUCGAUCAACAACAUCUAGCAUCCUCCUGGCUCCAUAUGCAAUUCUACCAACAGCAUCCAGUAGUCUCCUGGCUCCACAUGCAACUCUAUCAACAACAUCUAGCAGCCUCCUGGCUCCACAUGCAACUCUACCAACAGCAUCUAGCAACCUCCUGGCUCCACAAGCAACUCUAUCAACACCAUUCAGUAGUCUCCUGGCUCCACAUGCAACUCUAUCAACAACAUCUAGCAGUCUCCUGGCUCCACAUGCAACUCUACCAACAGCAUCCAGCAAUCUUCUGGCUCCACAGUUGUGUCCAGUAACAGCAUCCAGGGCUCUCAGUGCUACUCCAGUGCCUUCAUCAACAGUACACAGCAGUCCAUCCUGGACACCAAGGAGAGGAACUGUACCAAAGGAGCCUUCUAGGGAAGAAGGUCACCAUCAAGGUCCCAAACAAGUGAUGGUUUUGAAAGUAACAGAACCAUUUACAUAUGACCUGGAAGAAGAUAAAAGGAUGUUUCAUGCUACAGUGGCUACUGAAACUGAGUUCUUCAGAGUGAAGGUUUUUGACACAGCUCUAAUAAGCAAGUUCAUCCCAAGAAAUAUCAUUGCCAUAUCAGAUUAUUUUGGGUGCAAUGGGUUUCUGGAGAUAUACAGAGCUUCCUGUGUGUCUGAUGUGAACGUUAACCCAACAAUGGUCAUCUCAAAUACACUGAGACAAAGAGCUAAUGCAACUCCUAAAGUUUCUUAUCUUUUCUCACAAGCAAAGGGGACAUUUGUGAGUGGAGAGUACUUAGUAAUUAAGAAAACUGAGAGGAAUAAAGCCAUUUACUAUGGAAUUAAAGAUGAUACAGGGAAAAUGGAAGUGAUGGUUUAUGGACGACUCACCAAUAUCACGUGUGAACCAGGCAAUAAACUUAGACUUGUCUGCUUUGAAUUGAAUCCCAUUGAAGAUGGGUUGCAGCUGAAGUCUGUAAGGCACAGUUACAUGCAGGUCAUCAAUGCUAGAAGGUGAAGGAAAGCCACUCAACCCAGACUCAGUCAGGGGAACCUCUCUGGAACCAUACUUCUGAAAACCUGGAUGCCAAUGACAUUUUUUGUGGAGAUAAGAUUCAAGUACAGAAAUAAAAGUGCAUAGGCCUGUUGAAAUGCUAGCUCUAUUAAAACCAGCUGUUAAUUCUAAGAAAUGGUGCUUUCUUAUAUGCUUUACAUGUUUUCUAUUAUUGAAGUUUUUUCUG